ACACAAGGUCACUACUACGUACGAUAAAAACAUGUGGAAUGUAUAAAAAGAUUUAAGUAAGUCGUGACUCUUGUCGAUAAUAUGAUGGUGAAGUUUGUGUUACUUUAAGAGCAUUGUGCAAAUAUAAUGUUUAUGUGAUAAAGAGUACUUAACUUGAAAUCAUUUACUUAGGAAUAUAUUAUACAAAAUGAUAGAGGGAUACGGUGCUGUUACCCAAGCCCUUUUAGGGACUCUUUUUACAUGGGGUUUAACUGCUAUUGGGGCCGGCUGUGUGUUUUUUAUCAGAGGAAAACAUAGGAAAUUACUUGACGUGUCAUUGGGUUUCGCUGCGGGUGUGAUGACCGCAGCGUCAUACUGGUCUCUGCUAGAGCCAGCUAUUAGCAUGUGUAAAAGUUCAAGUAAUUAUGGAUCUGAGGGGCAGUAUGCAUUUUUACCAGUUGCAUUUGGAUUCCUGUUUGGAGCUGUGUUUGUUUUUGGAACUGACAAGUUCCUGGAUUACUUAGGAAUAAACUCGACCAACAUGAUGAUUACGAUAACGAAAAGUAAAGAUUCUAAGGAGAAAUUGGAAGACCUGGAGAUGAUGACAGCUCUGAACAGGCGGCCGUCGAAUCCGACCAGCGUGGUCACCAUGGAGCAGCCCGCCGACUUCGCGGACUGUAUCAGCAACCAGCACACUGCGCAGCGCCGCAGAGGACAUCACCACUCACAUCACUCGCUGGUCCGUCACUAUACCAUGCUAUUUCAUACAUAUGCUUAAAAGACAUACAGACACAAA